CUGCGUUUGAGAGGAACAGAGCAGCUGCGAGCCCAACGGACAAGUCCUCCGGUAACAGACAGCAACUCGCCGAACUCCACACGCCCGAGCGGAGGAAAGGUGGAAGUAUGGAGCUGGCCAAUCAUGGUCUUAUCCUUCUGCAGCAGCUCAACGCGCAGAGGGAGUUCGGCUUCCUGUGUGACUGCACGGUCGCAAUCGGCGAUGUCUUUUUCAAAGCACACAAGGCCGUUCUGGCAGCAUUCUCCAACUACUUCAGAAUGCUAUUCAUACACCAGGACAGUGACUGUGUUCGCUUAAAGCCUGCUGACAUUCAGCCGGACAUCUUCAGCUACCUCCUCAACCUGAUGUACACCGGCAAAUUGGCGACACAGCUCAUUGACCCAGCCCGCCUGGAGCAGGGGGUCAAGUUCCUUCACGCGUACCCUCUCAUCCAGGAGGCAACACUGGCUAGCCAUGCGCCUCAAGCACACCCUGAGGUCAAUCUCCCUCUGUCAUCCUCUCUUUAUGGCAUUCAGAUAUCAGACCAACAGGCCACGCUCACAAACCGGCUCUCAGCGAGAACACCUCUAUCCUCACCAUUCGACUUAGAAGGAACCGGUUUGCUGGAUGGGAAGUGCUCUGCGGCAAGCAAAGCUACCUCACUGACACGGUCUGGAACCAAACACAGGCACGCUCCAUCAGAACCAGAGGUAGAAGCAUCUGCGAGUAUCAGCCAGUUUCUGAGGGAAAGUGCCGAGCCGGAAACAUCUGCAACUGAAGCGCCGUCUUGUUCUCUGAGCGCUAACACAAUUCUACACGUGAAGCCCAGCAUCAUGAGAAGAACUUCCUCUCUGAGAAAGCAUUACACGUGUCAUGUUUGUGGAGGCCGCUUCACUCAGCGCGGAGCCUUACGAGAGCAUCUGCUCCUGCACACUCAGGCUAUGCUUCCCCUGGUGUUGGAGUCUGUCGGCACCACUUCCCCUAUGCUAAGCGGUGGUGCCGCUACGCCCGAGGUGGAGGAAGUUCUCCGAGGCAGUGAAGCUGCUGCUGCCACUCCAAUAAUCGUGGAUGUCCCAAGUGACAGUGAACAGCAUUCAUACUCAAAAGACUCACCGCAUCCUGAAACUGCCAUACCAGUCCCGACAACAACUGCGGUCAGUCUGUGCACUGCACAGCCUCAAGCAGACACACCGCCUCCAUCUGAUAUCGCUGAUAUUGACAACCUAGAGGGUGCGGCCGACAUGGAGCGGGAAGUGAAGCGGAGGAAAUAUGAGUGCUCGACUUGUGGCCGCAAGUUCAUCCAGAAGAGCCACUGGAGGGAGCACAUGUACAUUCAUACGGGCAAGCCGUACCGCUGCAGCGCCUGUGGCAAGAGCUUCUGCCGAGCCAAUCAGGCGGCGCGGCACGUCUGCAUGAAUCUGGGCUCAGAGCCAGCCUACACCAUGGUGGACCGGCAGAGCAUGGAGCUGUGCGCGGCGGAUGACUCCAGCCAGAUGGAAGCGAUGUUCCUCGGCUCGUCGGGGAGACCGUACAAAUGCAAUGUGUGUGAAAUGACCUUCUCCAGCCCUAAUGAGGUGAUCAAGCACCUGUGCUUCAACCAGGGGGCGCUCUCUGGUGGAGCGGCUGGAGAAUUGGGCGUCAGUGGGAUGAACAGUGAUAGCCUGGCCAAAGAUGAAGGCUCGGAUUCAUCCAAUGGUGGGCCGCUGAUGACACCCAUCAAAACUGAGGAGGUGUUUGUGGAAUAGCUUCACACAUACGUCACUGCGAAGUGUUGCUUUUUUUUUAAAUGCGUUGCAUAUGAAUUAUGGGUAAAUUAUGAAAAGAUGUUAAGCUACAGAUGGAAGUUUCUGUUAUAUUGUUGUUGUUUUCUUCUACUGAAAUCUGCAUUCUGCUUUAUGCUUUUAUAACAUUCAGAUUUGGUUGGUAUAUUUAUAACCGAUUUAUAGUACAUUUAGUUCAACAAGUCAAACUCCUGCUUCAUUCUGUGUUUCUUUGAAGGGUUUUAUUGGUUACUUGGGUCAUUUAGCGUUUUGGUUGUGGUUAAAGGUCUUCCUCUGUCUAACCGUCUACAGGAAGAGGAUGUAGUGAACUGCUGGAAUCCUGCAAUCAUCUCAGUGAAGAUCAGACUUCUCAUUAGAUUUGCUCUAAAGAGUAUUUAUAAUAAAAGCAAAACCUUACACCAACACUUCUUUUGUGGAAAUUGAUGCUAUUUUGUGAGCAGCUAGGUGUGGGUUUUGAGUAAAAGAUGAGCAUUCUCUACCUCAACUGGCUUUAGACAUGCAAUACAAGACCAACCUGAAAUUUGCAUCAAAGGGUCGAGGAUCAAAGUCUACUUUAUCUUCCAGUGCCUCCGAGUAGUUUUUCUUUCUGACGCUGUUGCUAAUUUCUCAUUACAUGCUCUGGGCUCACAAGAGCAAGGUGUAAUUUUAGAUAACAUUCAUGACGCUCAACAGGGAUGAUCAAUCUGGCCCUGUGUUUAUGUUAGCGUCAAUGUGAAGUAGGAUAUAUUUGCCUAAUCAUCCACUUUUCGUUUUUUUUACAGUACUUUUUUGUGCCAAUAAACCCCGCCUAAAGAUAAACAUCCAUGCUGUAGAAUUGGUCAGCGGAUCGUCGAUCUGUUUGCGUUCCUCUCACUGUGGUUAAACAUGUUUACAGUCGUGCUGUGUGUGUUUAAUCAACUUAUUAUUACUGUGUGUGUGUGAAUUUAGCAAACACUGUGGCCAAUCCUACACCUGUACGUAACGUUGAUUGAAGGGAGAGAUUCCUGUCACUGAUUUCAUUUCGCAACGAGAUGAUUUGCUUGAAUAUGCUCUUAAAUGGCUUAUUUUUGAGUUUUAUGUAACUUUUCUAAGUUUGUGUACAGUGCUUUAUUCACAAAGAAUUUUAUAAUCUCAAAGGUUGUAUAUUGUUUGACGCAUUUACUGUAGAAUAUUAUCCAUUUUAGUGUAGUCUACAUUUGGUUGUAUUUCUGUUGUAACGAGACUGUCAGCGAGUUAAAGCACUGAAACAUCCCUGACUACUCCACAGUUCUGCUUGUGCUACAUCAGGAAACUUCUCCUGUUAUUUUAAACCAGGUCCAUUUAUGCUCAGAUUUCUUCAUCUUUCUCUUUAUAAGAGCACAGUGAUUUCUGUUACUACUGAAUAGCUCGUUAGACCACAGGAAUAACCGUUGGCUUCAUUUUGUUACAUGUAGGGUUUUUCGUUUGUAAUUGUGAUGUUAAUUUGGACGAGGUUUUAUGUUCAAUUGGUGUAAACGUAUACAUGCAGUCUCAUGCCUUUUUUGUGUAGUAUUGUUGUGUCUUCAUUAUUUGUACAUAUGCAAGCUGUUACUCUUUCAGCAGUUGUAGGGAAGGUUUGAGGGUGAAGGUUCUUCCUCAAACGCACAAACCCCAAAGCCAAGGCUGUGAUCUCUCGCUCCUCAGGAACAUGAACUGUCAUCUCUGGAAAAAGAAAAAUUCCUCAUUUGCGUUUUCAUUGUGAAUAAUGAUAAUAAAUCCUUAUGUUUUUGAAA